AGGUAGUGCUUGGGUGUGUAGAGUCUUCUGUGUCUCCACACGUUUGUCAGACUUUCUGGGCUUCCUUGCCACUGGAGUACGUUUAGCAUGGGCUGCCGUUGUGACACUGUGAGUGGGCUCAUCGCCGGGUCUGUGCUAGGGGCCCUGCUGGCUGCGCUAGGGGGAAUACUCAUCCCUGUUGGGGACAAUAUCAUCCGGUCCACGGUGACAAAGGAAGCUGUGAUUGAGCCUGGGACGCUGGCCUAUGAGAACUGGAUAGCUUCGGGUGCCCCUGUGUACAGGCAAUUUUGGCUGUAUGACGUCCAGAAUGCAGCAGGAGUGGUGGAGAAUGGAGAGACCCCUAGAGUCUCGGAGAAAGGACCAUACACAUACAGGACACGUUACUUGGCCAAGACGAACAUCACUGCAUAUGAAAACCACACGGUGUCAUUCAGUCUGCCGGCGGGGGCCAUCUUCGAUCCUUCCAUGUCCGUGGGGCCAGAGGAGGACGUGGUCACCGUCCUCAACCUGGUCGUGGCCGGUGCUUAUUCAACAAUUCCCAAGUUUCUUCACUUUUUAGUUGAAGCUGAAAUAAAGAAGUCAGGCGCCUCACUCUUCCAGAACAGGACAGUCAAAGAACUGUUAUGGGGUUACUUUGACCCCAUACGGAAAGAUUACGUUGGUGUCUUUUACCCUUAUAAUGACACCGCUGAUGGCCCUUACAACAUCUUCACGGGCAAGGACGACAUCUCCAAAGUCUCAUUAAUCAACUCAUGGAGGGAGAGCAGCGUUCUUUCAUUCUGGAAGGACCCAUAUUGUGAUAUGAUCAAUGGCACGGAUGCUUCCUCCUUCGCUCCUUUUCUGGAUAAGAAGAAGCCUCUAUAUUUCUUCUCCUCCGACAUAUGCAGGUCUGUAAGUGCAGAAUACUCUGGAAGUCACGACUUGAAGGGGAUUGAGGUGUACCGCUACAUGCUACCCGCCAAAACCCUAGCCUCUCCCAGGGAUAACCCUGACAACAUGUGCUUCUGCCACGAAACGCUGGUCACCAAGAACUGCACUUUGGCUGGGGUGCUGGACGUAAGAUCCUGCAGAGAUAACGCCCCGGUCUACAUCUCCCUGCCUCAUUUCCUGCAUGGCAGCCCGUACCUGACGCAGGCAGUGCUUGGACUGAGCCCCAGUGAGGAGCAUCACUCAACUUACCUGGAUGUGGAGCCAACCACAGGCUUCACCCUGAGGUUUGCCAAGAGGCUCCAGGUUAACAUGAUGUAUGGACCCUCCCUGGUCAUCACGGUACUGAAAAAGGUUAAGGACUACACUAUAUUCCCUCUGGCGUGGCUUAAUGAGACGGCAGCCCUGGACGAUGAGACGGCUGACAGGUUCAAGAAGGACUUGGUGGGUCGCAUUGACAUGCUGGAGACGGUGCAGAUCGCACUGUUGUCCUUAGGCUCGGCUGUGUGUGUGCUCUGUGCGGUGGCUGCCUGCGUUGUCCACAGACGCCGAAGCACAAUAGCGUGAUGGAGAUCAGAGACAGAAGGAGAGAAGCAGGGAAAGAAAAUGACUUCUGUACACAGAAUGACUCUUUGGAAUGUCUAACACUAUAAGCUAAAUAACACAUUCAUUUUUAUGUGUAACACAUACUGUAUUUAUAUGCAUUAGUGUGAGAGUGUAGUGCAUAAGCACUGUGCUCUGAUUUGUGAGGGAAAGAUUUUCCAUGAUUACAGUGUGAUUAUUUCAUAAAUUGCAGAAUGAAUGGUCAUGUUGGCACAUAUUGUGUAGUGAUGCUGAAAGAGGUAAAUUAAAACAGAAUUGCAAUAGCGUUGCAAAAAAAGCUUUUUUUGAAUGUUCUUGUGUGGGUAAUUGUGUUUCCCCUAUGUUAGUUGGUAUGCUGGUGCAUACGUCAGUGUAUGAACGUUAUGUUAAUACAGAAAAGAAAUUAACAAAAUAUGAGACUGUCUGUCAAAGACGAUCAGA